CCAACAUUAUUCACCUCAAACCACGUCUUCUCAAAAACCGAAAAGCUUUUCUUCCAGAAAAUUUCAAGCUUUGCAGAAGCCUUCAACUUCAAGUAAAUUUAAGAUGGCUCGUACGAAGCAAACUGCCCGUAAAUCAACUGGAGGGAAGGCUCCAAGGAAGCAGCUCGCCACCAAGGCGGCUAGAAAAUCUGCCCCAACAACUGGAGGAGUCAAGAAGCCUCACAGAUACAGGCCUGGAACUGUUGCUCUUCGUGAAAUCCGUAAGUACCAGAAGAGUACUGAGCUUUUGAUCAGGAAAUUGCCAUUCCAGAGGCUUGUUCGUGAAAUUGCGCAAGAUUUCAAGACUGAUUUGCGUUUCCAGAGUCAUGCUGUAUUGGCCUUGCAGGAGGCAGCUGAGGCAUACCUUGUUGGUUUGUUUGAAGAUACAAAUCUGUGCGCCAUUCAUGCCAAGCGUGUCACAAUCAUGCCAAAGGAUAUCCAACUUGCCCGAAGGAUUAGGGGAGAAAGGGCUUAGAAUGCCCUGCUUUGUCGUUGCUUAGAUUGCUAAAAGCCUCUUUUGCAAUUUGUGUUUUCUUUCCUUUGUUCUUUAGGAUAUUCAUAUUGAUACAUAAAUAGAUAUGAAUGGUUGUGGAUUACUGGGCAUUUGAUAUAUAGUCGAUUUUAUUGA